AUGUCCUUAACAGAAAACUCGUUGGAAAGGAUUCUUGACAAGAAACUAAAACCGCUCGGAGAAAAGAUUGAAGGACUCGUGAAAUCAGUCGAAUUCAUUAGUUCUCAGUAUGAUGAAUUGCUGAUAAAACACCAGAAUAUGGAAGCGAUAAAUUGCGAAUUACAGAAGGAGAAUGAAUUGCUGAGAAACGAAGUUUUAGAUUUGCAAAAUCAAUCAGAGCAAAUGUGGGAUAAGGUUGAUGACCUAGAACAAUAUGGCCGCCGCGAUUGUCUUGAAAUUUGCGGCAUUCCAGUUCAGAAAGAUGAAAAUACAGACGAUCUGAUAAUCUCAAUCG